AUUUCGGUGGGACUGGAAAACAGCGCCGGCGGGUGGACCUGUCUGUUUUCGGAAUAGUGCGGCUCAGGGUUGUACAGUAGCUGAGGCCAUGGCUGAUGAAACAGCAAAGGCACAAACUGCCCAGCCUGGAGGUGAUACUAUUUUUGGGAAGAUCAUUCGUAAAGAGAUUCCUGCAAAAAUAUUAUAUGAGGACGAACAGUGCAUAGCCUUUCACGACGUUGCGCCUCAAGCCCCAACACAUUUCCUAGUCGUCCCUAAGAAGCCGAUUCCUCAGCUCUCCAAAGCAGAGGACAGCGAUGCUGCCCUUCUUGGACAUUUAAUGAUUGUGGCGAAGAAGUGUGCUGCUGAUGUGGGCCUAACCAAAGGGUAUCGCUUGGUUCUGAAUGACGGGCCUGAUGGGGGACAGGAAGUGUUCCAUCUUCACAUCCACGUGCUCGGACAGAGGCAGAUGCGCUGGCCCCCUGGCUAACAUCAGUAACGAGACUGACCUGUGUUUGUGUACCACACAAACAGCAGCCAUGUCUGACAUCGGAAUCGCUUCUGUUAAGAGCAUUAAUAUCUGAUGCCUCAGUGCUACUUCUUCAGUCUGUUUACUGAUAACCUGUCAAAUAAAAGUUCCUAAGCUCUG